UUGGAUUUUCCCUUUUGCAGAAUAAUAAGGGAGGUCGAUUUAAAGCCAAGAAUGGCAGGAUUUGUAAGGCUCCUGAUUUGUCAGGAGAAUAAGGGGAAAACCACAGUUUUGUGGUUUCAUUCUUUGACUCAAGAUAUUCUCAAGGAGAGAAGCAACCUAGAACUAAGGAGAAAUUUCCUGACUGUGAGGACAAUUAACCAGUGGAACUGCUUGCCACCAGAGGUUGUGGGAGCUCCAUCAAUGGAGGUUUUGAAGAAGAGACUACACAGCCAUUGGUCUGAAAUGGUAUAGGGUCUCCUGCUUGAGCAGGGGGGUUGGACUAGAAGACCUCCAUGGUCCCUUCUGGCUAUAUUCUGAUUGAUUGAUUGAUUGACAGUGAGAACAGUUAAUCAGUGGAACUGCUUGCCACCAGAAGUUGUGGGUGUAUUAAAGGAUGAAACUUUAAUACAAAUAGAGGUGAAGAGCUAAAUAAGGGAAAUAUGAAUAACAAAGUAGGUGAAAGAUGGAAGAUAGAAAAGAAAUGUCUUUGAAUACUAUGGUGACAUGAAAAAAAUGUUACCAGAGAGAUAGAAAUAAGAGGGGAAUAAUAGUAUAUAGGCUAAAACAUAUGAAGAACGGAUGCAGGAACUCGGUAUGUCUAGUUUAAUGAAAAGAAGGACUAGGGGAGACAUGUUGUACCUUGAUGAACGUAUCUUUUCUUUUAUGUACACUGAGAGCAUAUGCACCAAGACAAAUUCCUUGUGUGUCCAAUCAUACUUGGCCAAUAAAAUUCUAUUCUAUUCUAUUCUAUUCUAUUCUAUUCUAUUCUAAGUUAUCUUCCACCUAGGCAUACUAUUAAUCUUUUUCCCUCACUUUCUCCCCCCCCGCAACUCCCUUGGAUAGUAAUAGCAGUCUUCCAAUAUCUCAGGGGCUGCCCCAAAGAAGAGGGGGUCAAGCUAUUCUCCAAAGCACUUGAAGGCAGGACAAGAAGCAACAGGUGGAAACUGAUCAAGGAGAGAAGCAACUUAGAACUAAGGAGAAAUUUCCUGACAGUGAGAACAAUCAACCAGUGGAACAGUUUGCCUCCAGAAGUUGUGAAUGCUCCAACACUGGAAGUUUUUAAGAAGAUGUUAGAUAGCCGUUUGUCUGAAGUGGUGUAGGGUUUCCUGCCUGGGCAGGGGGUUGGACUAGAAGACCUCCAAGGUCCCUUCCAACAUCAUCAUCAUCAUCAUCAUCAUCAUUAUCAUUAUUGAUUAUUAUUAUUAUUAUUAUGAUAUAAUAGGGAGAUUUAGAAAUUGAAGGGCAGUAGUAUUAGACAACUUGAAUCCAUGAAAAUGAAAUGUAAUAGCCAUGAGUAAUAAUAUUAUGUCUAUUUGUAUCAAAAUGUAUGAUAUCCAGGUAUCACACUAUUCACGCAUUGAUAAGUAUAUAAAAAUAAAAAACCUGUGUGUGUGUAUAUGUUUUUUUUAAGUGUUUUUGCUUCCGUUCAGGUUCUCCGUUGACAUGUCACAGGCCUGGUCUGGCUGCUGCGGAACCUGAGACCAUCCGAUGACCGUCGCCUGCUGUAGACGUCCAUGAGGGCAGGACUCGCCCUCGCAGAGCGCUCGGAUCGAGGCCCCCAGCAUGGCCUGUCCUUGGCUGAUCUUUCCCAACGGCUUCAAGAUGAUGUCUCGGAAGAAAAUCCUGCUUCUUUUCCUGCUGGCCUUCAGCACCGGCACUCUGCUUCUGCGCCAGAGCGCCCACUUCAGCUGGUUCCCAAAGUCUCCUCCCUUCAGCUGCGCACCCUGGGUCUCGCUGCACCCGAAGCACACUGCCGUGGCCUUCCUGAAGACCCACAAAACCGCCAGUACCACGGUGCAGAACUUGCUCUUCCGUUUCGCGGAGCGGCACAACGUGACGGUGGCCCUGCCCCACCACGCCUGUGACCACCAGUUCUGCUACCCCCAUAACUUCUCGGCCCGCUUCGUGCACCCGUACACCAUCCCGCCCCGCCUCAUUGCCAGCCACCUGCGCUUCAACCACGACGAGCUGCGCCACCUCAUGCCCAACGACACCGUCUAUAUCACCAUCCUGCGCGAGCCGGUGGCCAUGUUCGAAUCCCUCUUCAGUUACUACAAUCAGUACUGCCCGGCGUUCCGACGGGUACCCAACGGAUCCAUGGAAAUCUUCCUCAACAACCCGUCCCAGUACUACCGGUCUCAUGAGAAGUACGCCAUGUACGCGCACAACACCUUGGUGUACGACCUGGGGGGAGACCCUGAGCACAGCCCCGAGGACUCCACGUACCUCCCCAAAUUUAUCCGUCAAAUAGAAGGCAUUUUCUCCCUGGUGAUGUUGGCGGAGUAUUUCGAUGAAUCAUUGGUCCUUCUCCGCCAUCUUCUGGCCUGGGACCUGGAGGACAUUCUCUACGUCAAGCUAAACAUGCGCAGCCUGGAGUCCAAGCUCAACAUCAGCUCGGCCCACGUGGCGGCUCAGAUCCGCGCCUGGAACGCCCUCGACGCUGCUCUCUACGACCACUUCAAUGCCACCUUCUGGAGGAAGCUGAGCAAGGUGGACCAAGGUUGCCUCCAGAAAGAGGUCCGGGCCCUACACCAGGCCUGCGAGCGCCUGGCACACCACUGCUUUCGCGGACAGCCCCAGCUGCGCCCGGCCAUGCAGAUCAAGAACAAAGACCUCCGGCCGUGGCAGCCCAGCGCCAAGGUGGACAUCGUGGGCUACGACUUGCCGGGUUCGGGGCCCCACUCGGACGAACAGUGUCUCAAACUGGUCAUGCCUGAAGUGCAGUAUUCCCGCUACUUGCUACGGAAGCAGAGCCUCAGAAACCGGCGUCGGGCCAUCCCCCAUCGGCCCCUCUCGCCCCGAGGACUUCUACCCCCACCUCGGCACCCGGUCGUCAAAGCUUCCUGAGCAGGACAACGGGGUGGGGUGGGGGCUUAAAGAGGCCACUGUGCAGGGUGGACGGCUGGUGGGGUUCUCUUGUCAAUGAGCUGUGAUUCUUUUUUUCUUUUUUUGACCCCUGGGUCUCUAGGACUUUUUGACCUUGUUUUAUCCACUUAAGAACUCAGGACCGAAGCAUCUAAGGUGAGCUGGACUCUCCUUUUCGAUGCCCCAAAGGAGCUGGACAUCAAUCGUGACCCGUUUUCCAGCUGCCGGGACUUGAAUACGAUGAAUGGGUUCUGCGAAUUGCCUUGCUUUUUUUCUUCUUUCCUUCUUGCUUGCCUUUCUCUUUUUUCUCCUUCCUUCCUUCCUUUCUUCCAUCCCUCCUUUUUCUGUUAUUCUUUUUCUCCUUCCUUCCUCCCCCUUUCCUUUCUCUCCUUCCUUCCUUCCUUCCCUUCCCUUCCCUUUCCUCCUUUCCUUUCUCUUUCCCUUCAUGAUUUCUACACAUUUGUCUUCCUUUCUUCCUUUCCCUUCCCUUCCCUUCCCUUUUUCAUUUUUCAUUUUUCCUUUUCCCUUUUUUCCUUUCCUUCUUUUCUUUUCUUUCCAACCCUUCCCUUCCCUUUUUCAUUUUCAUUUUCAUUUCUUUCCUUUCCUUUCCUUUUCCUUUCCCCCUUUCCUUUCCUUCUUUCUUCCUCUUCCUCUUUCUUUUUUUCCUUCUUUCCUUUCUUCCAAUCUUUCCCUUCCCUUUUUCAUUUUUCAUUUUCAUUUCUUUCCUUUCCUUAUUUCUUCCUUUCUUUUUCCUUUCCCCCUUUCCUUUCCUUCUUUCUUCCUUUCUUUCCUUUUCCUUUUCUUUCCUUUUCCCCGUUCCUUCCCUUCCCUUCCCUUCCCUUCCCUUCCCUUCCUUUCCCUUCCCUUCCCUUCCCUUCCCUCUUGUUUAUUUCCAUGAACCAGAACAAAUCUGGGCCUUUUUCCUGCCUGGGAACGUUUGGGGCUGAUCUUCACAACCUCUUCCUCUUCUAUACCCUUCCCACAUUUUUUCAGUGCCGUUUUUAAUCUUUCCUUCCUCUCCUAACAAAACGUCUGAUAUAUAUUUCGCCUCCCCCCCCCACAAUGGAUGAAGGAGAAACGUUUUCUGUUCGGCUACUCUGAUGUUCUGCUACCCCUCUUUUCAAAGAAAUUCGCUUCUGAUUUUUAGGUGAUCGUAAUUAAACAGGUCACACUCCCUGUCGGCCUGGCCACGUGGCAGGCAGGCGCUGCUCUAUUUAUUUUAUUUAUAGAUUUAUGGCUAACAUUUGUCCCACUUUCCUCCAAAGGCUCCAAAAGCUAGCUGCAAUAGACACACACCUUCCGUGUCAUCCUCACAACGACCCUGUGAGGUAGGCUGGGACCGGAACCAAAGUUGCACCGGGAUUUGAAUGCACAUUUUGCCUUCCCUCUUCCCCCCCCCCCAGUCGUAGCUCAAUGCUCCCAAUCCUUUAAGAAGCACUAAACUGGCUUUCCUAGUGAAAGGCUGUGUUACAGCUUUUCUGGGGGAAAAAAACAAAACCUCACAACUUUUUAAAAUGGGAAAUGAAGGUUGUACAUAUGGAGGUUGUAAUGUGUGCCAUGCCUGGUUGUUUUUUUUUAACCUUUUUUUAAAAAGGCGGAAGAAAGUUUUAAGUAGGAUGUCCCAAAAGCACAAUAUUCCUCUAUAUUCCAAUAUAAUUCUGCCCGCCAUUUAUAGAAUCGUUAUGUCUUGCCUCUUUAACGAAUUACAGGCAGUCCCCGACUUACAAUAGUUUGUUUAGUGGCUGUUCAAAGUUACGACGCCAGUGGGGCAAAAAAGGGACUUACGACCGUUUUCUGCAGUUACGACCUUUCCGGAUUCACUUAACAACCGGGUUACUCACUUAUUAACUGCAGUGAUUCACUUAACAAAUGAGGCAAGAAAGGUCAUAAAAAGGUCACAGAAUUCACUUAAAUGUCUCACUUAACAGCAGAAAUUUUGGGCUCAGUUGUGGUCGUAAGUCGAGGACGGACCUGUAUUUUCCCUGUAUUUACAGCAGUUUUCAAAGUGUGAUCUUAGGAGCCCCUGAGACUCUUUUAGGGGCUCCGUGAAAUCAGAUAUUUUGCAAUUUCGCAGUUUAAAUUUCUGAUUGAUGGAUAUAUUCUUCACUAUCUAUAGAUAAAGGGGUCCAGAGAACCGCUGCUAAAUUAUAUAGUAGUCCCAUGUCUUGCAAUUGUUCAUUUAGCGAUCGUUCAAAGUUACAACAGGACGGAAAAGAAGUGACUUACAAUGAAUCCUCGCACUUACAAUCGCUGCAAUAUCCCCACAUGCAGUUAAAAUUCAGGUGCUGGGCAACCAGCUGGCAAAUGUAUUUGAUGGGGGAGGAGUGAGAUUUGCUUAAUGACUGCUUAACAGUGUUGAUUCACUUAACAACCGUAGCAAAAGGGUCAUAAAAUGGGAUGCAGCUCUCUUAACCGCCUUGAACAAUGAAAAUUCUGGUCCCAAAGGUGGCCGUAAGUCGAGGACUACCUAUACGUGAACCAUACUCCGACCCAUAGCUUCUGCUUGAGCUCUUCUGCUGAAUUUCCCACCCUCUGUCCUUCCGUUUGAGGUUGACCUGUCCCCGGGGUGGGCUUCAAAAAUUUUAGCAAGGGGUUCUCUGCCCAGUUGCUGGGUGGGUGUGGCCAUGGUGGAUGCAGCCUAGUUGGCCUCCCGCACCACGGUGAGGGGUGGGGUUUGCCCUCCCCAGGCUCUGGAGGCAUUUUUCGAGCCUCCGGGAGGGCGAAAACGGCCUCCCCAGGCUCUGGAGGCCUUCCCGCACUUCUCCUAGGCCCGUUUUUCACCCUCCCCGAGCUUCCGCGCGUGUCCUGCACUUAUUUGCAUUCAAAACGGGCUGCGUGGGGACUCCUGGGAGGGGCGGGGCCAGCCAGGAGUGGGAUUUGGGCGUUCUCCGAACUGCACAGAAUCUUAGCUAGAGGUUCUCCCGAACCCCCAGCAGCCCAUCCCUGCCCAUCCCUGAUAAUGUCUCUUCUGUCCUGCUGGCCAUUAAGUAAUCUUCCAGGCCUCUCGUAGGCAGAUUCCGUCAAUGCUCCACUGUUUAGGGACAGGUUAAAUAUCUGAACAGUCAUGAGUCAAUGGGCACAAUGAGACUUUUUAAGGUUUAAUGAGAAAUACAAAUCAGGCUGUAGAGGAACAGAUCGUUCGAAAGGAUCUGGUCCAUCGAUGUUUAAUGGUUGUUCCUCUUUUAUCAGUGGCGUUUUUUAGGUGACCUGGGAUGAGAAAUGCAUCUCUUGGCUAGAACGGAAAAAGACAAAUGAUCUCCUUGCUCAGCCCCCCUCCUGAGAAAAAUAAAUCCAGAGCUCUUGUUCUUCCUGGCCUCCGUCUGUGUUCAAUUCCUCUGGCGUCUUUUCUCCCACCCCCCGCCCCCCCAGUGUGUAAAACCAGUUGGGUUGGCCCGGUUACAGAGGUGUUAAGUUUGGUGAAGGAACAAGGAGUUUUUGUGGAAAUUCUGUAAGAUAGCAAGACCUACAUCUAAAGAUCUUCUUCUUGAAGAGAACGGAUGUAAACCAAAGGCUGGGGAAGAGAAUUAGCCAGAAGUCCCACAACACAUCUGGCGGAGACAGAUUAUGAUUUACUUGUGAUUCAUUGAGCGGGUUAGUUUUUAUCCAGGCCACACUGAGUCUUUUUGGGGAGCAAAGACCUGGCAUAUUUUGCAAAGGUUGAAAGCCACUCUCCAGUCAAAACUGGCUGCAAUAAAUCAUAUUAACUGCAUUUCAUUUAAAUGAAGUUGCAUUUUAGCCAAUGUCAGCCCUUUAGAAGCACCAAAAUGACCAUUUUUAAAAGCCGGAGAUGAAGUUAGCCAGAACGACUGUACUUGUAUGUUUUUGUCCAGUUCUAAAAAGUUGGACUUUUGGGUGCAGUUGCCAACCUCAGCCAACAGAGGGCGGUACUUUACUUCCUCUCUUCCCCUUUUCUAAAUUCAAAGCUGCUCAACAGAACUGGAAGAAGUACUGCCCUCUAGUGGAUCAGGCUGGGAAUCGCAGCUGAGAAGCCAACAAAGGAAUACAGGUAAUCCUUGAUUUGCAACAGUUCAUUUAGUGACGGUUCAAAGUUACAAUGGCACUGGAACAAGUGACUUAGGAGCAUUUUUCACAGUUUUGACCUCUGUAGCGUCCCCAUGAUCACGUGAUCAGAAUUUAGACGCUUGGCAACUGGUUCAUUCGGUUGCCGUGUCUCAAAAUCAAGUGAUUUUGUGACCUACUGACAAGCAAAGUCCAUGGGGAAGCCGGAUUCACUUAACAACCAGGUUACUAACUUAUCAACUGCAGUGAUUCCCUUAACGACUGUGGCAAGAAAGGUCGUAAAAUGGGGCAAAACACACUUAGCAACAAAAAUUUGGGGCUCAAUGGUGAUCGUAAGUCGAGGACUACUUGUACUGGACAAGGAAAGAGAAGAUCAAUUGAUGCCUUCUGAUAGAUGAUCCAGUUACUGAGUGGCUUUUUAUCGACGGACUUCUGAGUUAUUUCUAGUGGAAUGAAUAAUGAGAUGUGGCGUGAAUGAAUUUUUGCUUCCUGAUUAAUUUAACUGAGGAUCAAAAUAAAACCUAUGAAAGCAUGCCUUUUGGAUCUUUUCCCCCAAAAAGAUUGAUAAGAUUUCAGAUUUGUUCCUUUCCUUUUUCAAAAGAACUUUAAAAAUGUCUUUAUCUGUUUCUCCAAUGAUGUGUUACAGAGGUGUUUUCAGUAUUUUAUGCCUAAUUCCAUCCAACUCCAUUGUUUUUCAUUCAGGAUCUGGCAAACAUCUAUUUAUAAAGCAUUUGAAA